AAAAACCGCUCUUCACCCGUGAUGCCUCACAGCUGAAAGGGACUUUCCUCAGCACGACUCUUAAAAAAAGCAAUAUGGGCUUUGGAUUUACCAUCAUUGGUGGGGAUGAGCCCGAUGAGUUUCUCCAGGUGAAGAGUGUCAUUCCUGAUGGGCCUGCAGCACAGGAUGCCAAAAUGGAAACAG